CAGAGAAGAAGAGAAUUACUUACACCGUGACCAUUGGUGACCAUGGUGUAUAUAAGACAUGAUGUAAUUUGUUUAGUAAAAGGACUAGUGAUAAAGCUCGUCUUGACAUGUAUCAAUUUGGGUUAUGGUCACGGUGUAAGAGAAUGUUUUCGCGAAUGACUAUACAUGGUGUUAUUCUAUGAUGUUUCUUACACCUUCGGCACUAAGAAUCAAAAAUUAUCUUACAUCUUGGGAUGAACCUUUGGGGAGAGAGUAUAAUAUAUGAGGUUACUGGGUGAAUUGUCAGCCUUUCAUCUGGCAUGAGGAUUGUCUUCAUGUUAUCAAGCUUUAUAAAAAAGACGUUAACAGGCGAGCAGUUGCUUAAAGAUGGACAAAGAUGACAGCGUAAAAAUGUUGGCUGAGAGUAUAGUUAAAAUAGAGAACGUGAAAGAGGAAGCUGACGAAAAUUUGGAGAGGCCUGAUUGGAAUUUCACAGUAUUAAGUGAUGUAGACCCUUGGAAGAAUACCAUAAAGGAGGAAGAUGAAGAUGAGGAAGAGCUAGAGCCUCCAGUUACAGUGUUUGUAGAGCCUGAGGAGGUUAUGGAAGAAGAGAAUGUGAAGGAGUAUGAGGAUCCUCUGUGGUGCAGUGAUAAUUUAUCAAAUGCAGUUUUUGAGCAGGAAGAAAGUUUAAGUUCAUCUAAUACAGGUACAUGA